AUGAUGGCUGAUUAUGGUAUGAUUACUGACAAUGGCAGCAUGCCAUAUGUGCCGGCACCCAGUGAUGAGGGAUUUGACCUCAGCCAUGAAGGUGGCGAAUAUGAGGCUCUUCAAGGGCUAUCUCGCACCAUGGCAGACUUAUCAGGAUUCCACUAUGUGGGCCCUAGGACUCGACAUGAUCGCAUUGAGCUUCAAAACAACCAUUGGGAUAUGCAAAUGGACAAGUUUGUUAAUGCCUAUCUGGACUACCAAUCUCGUGAUUCAGGCGAUGGUAUGCCUUCA